CCAAGCUGUGACCCUCUCACCUCUCACCUCUCACCUCUCGCCCUCUCACCCUCUCACCCUCUCACCCUCUCACCCUCUCACCCUCUCAACCCUCCUUAGGUACCGACGUUUACCAGGUAUCAUCCAUCGUCUCUCUCGCUCUCCUACUUCUCUCCCUACGAAUUUCAUUGGUGAAUGUAACCACAAACAUCCAACAAAUCAAAAACAACCCCCAACCUUCCACGCCUUUUCUUACUUCUACUUCGUACAUUCCCUACCAGACCUUUUACAACGUCGCACGCAGUCCGCAGAUCCGCACUCAACUGCACUGCAAUUUUUAUAUUCCUUGUCUUGGAAACCUUUUCGUUCCUGACGUCCUUCACUUAUUCACACUCUCUUGUUCACUGGGCCGUUUCCUAUUUUCUAAUCGUCCCCGAAUCCUUCUCCCCCUCCCCCGGGUGCCCUAGACCAUUUUCGACUUUUCCAAACCUUCAACUUUAUGCACUGGUCUGCUACCUAGAUUUCGAGUUUCCCUGUAGGCAAAUCCAACUAUACACAAAUUGUCGCAACUUCGCACACACAUCCAUCAACCUUUAACGUUUGUACAGAAGAGCGAUUCGAUUAACUUUGAUCCCCAUUCGAGCGAGCGAUACAGUCACCAUUAAGAUUUAGAAUAAAUCAAUUCCUUCUCAACAAGAAUACCCACCUUGUACACGACCGUCUUCACAAUUGGCCCAUAGAUCUAUCUAUUGUUGGAUCGUGAAACUCACAGUCGCCAUUUCCUUACUUUCUAUCCACUGUGAUCCAUCGACGAAUUUACGCACCCUUUCCCAUUAUCACGACGAAUACAUAUUACAGAAGCAGAGGAGGCAAGAGACACAUUAGGAUUAUUGGAGAAAUUUAGAAAUCGGCGGAACUUGAAGAUACAACCUACGCUGGCGACGACGGUGCUCGAGUUGUCGAGCUGUUCAACAGUCGAUCGACAACCACCGCAGUCAUGUUCAUCAACACAACAUGCAAUGCGACGCUGGAUGAUAUGCGAAUUGGAAUGUCGGAAGAAGUGUUGGUAGGAAAUUUCACAUUCCACGAAUUGGGUAUAGUAAUUUCCGCGGCGGCGGCCUUGAUCGCCAUCCUUCUCUCACUAUAUCUCAUGUGGAUGCAUGCACUGCAUUAUACAAAGCCCUAUGAGCAACGACACAUCAUCCGCAUCCUCUUCAUGGUUCCGAUUUAUUCAGUGGCCUCCUUCCUUAGUUUUUGGCAAUAUUGGCAUGAGAUAUAUUAUAGUGUGAUAUCAGAGUGCUACGAAGCAUUCGCCAUCGCCUCUUUCUUUGCCCUCCUAUGUCAUUAUAUUGCUCCCGAUCUUCACAAUCAAAAGAUUUACUUUCGAAGCGCAGUUCCGAAGCCAUGGGUUUGGCCGGUAACUUGGAUGUGGAAAUGUUGUGGUCGUGAUAAGGGUCCUUGGAGAACACCAAGAAGUGGCUUGACGUGGUUCAACAUUGUAUGGGCUGGUGUCUAUCAAUAUUGUUUUAUUAGGGUUACCAUGACCAUUUUAGCCGUGGUCACUGAAUACUUUGGCAAAUAUUGUGAUUCUUCGGAUUCUCCAGUAUUUGCUCACAUCUGGAUUCUAGUCAUUGAAGGUGCCGCCGUAACAAUUGCGAUGUUUUGUCUUAUUCAAUUCUACAUUCAACUACGUACUGAUCUUUCUCCACAUAAACCUUUCCUUAAAGUUGUUGCUAUCAAAGCAGUCAUCUUCCUAUCCUUCUGGCAAAGCUUUGCCAUUAGUAUUAUGAUGUCAUCUUCCAUUGGCCUUGUCCAACCAACCAAAUAUUUAGCAUAUCCUGAUCUGAAGAUUGGUAUCCCUAACAUGUUACUCUGUAUCGAAAUGGCUAUCUUUUCGAUUUUGCAUUUGUUCGCAUUUCCUUGGAGACCGUAUGCUUCAGAUGCGACGCCAGUUAAAUACCCAAGUUCAACCGGUGGUGGUUUAGAGCCGAUUGGUCCUAAGCAAGGUGGUCCUCUUGGAAUCAUGGCUUUCGUUGACGCCAUGAACCCAUGGGAUCUCGUCAAGGCGUUUGCUCGAAGUAUGCGUUGGUUGUUCGUAGGUGUCAAGCAUCGGGAGACCGACCCUUCAUACAAGCCGGCAUCUUUCAAUAACGACAACGACAUGUCUCUUCAAUCUACAAACUCGGAACCAGAUACAUCACACAAAGGACGGGAUGAUGGUUUACCGAUUGCCAACGAGUUUAGACAGAAUACCUUCGGUAGUAACAAAGGAGCCAUGGAAGGCGAGGAAGGAGUUGGUCUAAUUGAUAACGCACAACCUAACCCUACAAACCUCAACCAUUCAGGCUACAUCCCAGCAGCUCAACGUUAUAACUCCCAAGGAUUAGAUAUCACCGCGAAUGGUGCGCGAUAUAACGACCCAGAUCGCCUGAUGACAUACAAUCCAAGUCCCGGCUCAAUGCGGAGGCAGGAGAAUCCUAUUGGAAUUGCAGUAACCGGAGAACCAGAAGCAUACUUAACUCAAGUAGCACAAACACCAUAUCUUAUACGACCGGUAUCGCCAUACAGUGUACGACAAUUAUCAGAACCAGAAAGGUUUCUCGAGCAAAAACGAGCUCAACGAGCGGCAGAAAAAGCUGCACGAGAUCGCGCCGAUCAAGAAGCACGUGAACGAAGUGUAGCACCAUCAGAACAAUGGGCUAAUUCAAGAAGGCCUAUACACCCAAAUGAGCCACCGAGUCAUGUCCAUAACGCAUUAUGGGGAUCACAAACGCAAUCACCCCCGAACACGGAUAGAUAUUCAUAGGGAAAGAUUCACGGCCUGUUGUAUAAAACUUUUUCUUUGACAAACAAAUUCGAUAUGCAUCUCGUCAAAAAUUGGGAAGCCUCAAUGGAUGCCUACUGCAUGUAACAUUGGGAAUGGGGAUAAACUUUCAUGGAAAGGGCGUUGGGCGGUGUUUUUUUUUAAUGAGGGGAAAUUAUGAUUUGAUGCGCUUGCGCCAAUAUACAUUCGUGGGGCAUCUGCCUGGCAGUUUUUUAUUAUUGAGGGGAUUGGGUAGAAUUUGGCUCCUAGGCUGGUUGUGUUUAGUGGCUGUAUAAUCAGCGCCAAUCGCAAAGUUCAUUUGUGAAUAGGAAUAGCCUCAAAAGCUCAUGUGUUAUUGGAACAUGGUAAUUAUUGAGCUGGAUUCAUGUGGAAUACCAGGUUAAGGCGUUUUCGAGAUUGAAAAUGUUAGUUUGGAUUCAUAGCAAUUCAUAACAUGACAACUCGCGGGGUGGGGAACAAAUACAGAGAGGGAAAUGGAAACUGUGUGUGAUAGUUAAAUAGUAAACUGUUUGAGGAACUUUACAAAUGAUGCAAUUUCUGGUGUCUGAAUUGUUAUGAGUUUUUAGUGGGAAUACGAUGCUAUGU